UAAAUUAAGCCAGAUAUCUGUGAGAACAAGAACAUUCUUUAAAAAUACUCAAGAACUGAACGAAGAAAAUGAGAACUUUUAGUUAAUUUUGAAAUGACAGAUCCAAAGAAACCAGCAUUGCCACAUGGUUGGGUUGUGAAACAGUCUACAUCAUAUCCUGACAGAGUGUAUUUUUUCAAUGUUAAUACUGGUAACAGCACAUGGCAUCUUCCAUCUGUAGACAUUGCUCCUUACCAAAGUAAUAAUGUUCCAGAAAAAAGAACAAAAUCUUGUUUAUCAAAGCCUGGUGUUUCUCGACAUCAGACGACAAAAAGUGUUUCUAUUGCCCCUGAACCACAGUUUAGUCCUGAAGCAGAUUCUCAUGAACAUAGUGAUGAUGAUUUAUUGGAUCUUACUGAUGAGGAUGGAAAAGCCGAAAGUGAGGGACAUAAACAUCAUAUGGAAAUCUUACAUGGAUCAGAAAGUCCAGUUCAUACAAAUAUACCACAUCAAAGUUUAAUUCAUCAAAGCCAGUCAGGUAGUGGUCAGUUAUAUGGGAAACCAUAUAGUUUUGAUGACCAACUUGCUUCAAUGCAAGAUGUCGACAUGAGAAAAGGUAUUGUUCCACAUUCAUCCUAUCAAAGGCCAAUGCUGUCUCAUUCUAGUCACACGAACUAUCAACAAAGAUCAGUGCCAAAAACUGAAAAUACUCAGAAAAAUUCACUACUUACUGCAUCAACAGUAAGUGCUUCAGAUUCUAGAAAUUAUUAUCAACAAACUAUUGUAAAUGAGCCUUUACGGACUGAUGAUGAUGCUGAUGGAAUUAGAAGUUUAAAUAACAGGUCGUUAUAUCCAUUACGAUUACCAAUAACACCUGACAAUAGUUAUAGUUUUGUACCCCGUACACCCAGUGAACAACCAUCUUUGUCAGAAAGAGAUUUAUCAUCUAGUUUCCAAACUCUUCCAUCAGUUCAUAGUAGUCUUUUGCCAGGAUAUCAUCAGUAUUCAUCAACUCCAAUUGAAAAACGAAAUAAUGUGCAAAACAAAGCAAAUAUUAGAUAUCCUGAGUCAAACAAACUAUUUCAAGGCAAUAUGGAUACAGAUUUAAGAAUUGAAAGAACUAUCAAAAACGAUAUUGAAAAUAAAUCUGUUUUCAAACAAAAAACUUUAAAUGAAGAGCGAAAAAGAAGAUUGAGUGAUUUGUGGACUUCACAGAAAGAUGUCAAAAAAGUAAAAUGUAGUAGUUCACCAAAUAAUACAGAAGAGUAUUUGUUUAAUGUAAAGUCAGAUACUAAUGAAGUCAAUAAUUUAAUUCAAAGACCCAAAGUCCUUAGUGCUAAUGAUUUAAGACACAAAGUUUUAAAGAAACAAGAAAAUCAACAUAAUAACAUGCCUCAAGAUUUACGAAAUAAGGUGCUAUCAAAGAAAGGUGUACAAAAUUUUGUUCAACAAGAAACAGAAGUAAAAAAUGUUAAAUGGGAACCUGAAAAUUGUGGUACUGACUUAAAUAAACCAUUCAUUCCAAAGAAGAAAAGUUGUAAAUCGGGAACAGAAACAGGUAAGAGUGAUAUUCGAAAAGUUGUGUCUCAUGCAGAAAGCACAGGUUGUAAUUUUUCUGAUCUUAGAUCUGAGGAUGUUUUCCAGCGAGAUCAUUCUCCUGUAGACAGUGAGGAAAAUAAUAAAACAGAUGUUCACAUAGAUCAUGAUAAACUAUUGUCCAUACAAACAUGGAUAGAUAAUUUACAGCCAGAUGCUAGUUUUUGUGCUGAGGAGGAAGAAUCUUCCUCUAAAAGGACAUCCCCUGAUUCUGGUGUGCUUAGUAUAACAUACAGUAAUGACUUAGAUAAUCGUAGGAUUGUUGUGGAGAAAGGGGCACAACCUUUGAAGACUGUAGAUAGUGGUAUAUCAUCUGUCAGUAACAACACUGUGUUCCAGCCAAUUGUUGAACCAUUGAGAUCUUCACAGGUUUAUCAGAACACCUGUUGGAAAGGGGUUCAUGCACAAGGUGUAGCAAUAGAUCAUACUAGAGAUAUCAUGGACAUGGAGAUAGAUGAUAUCCAGAAUAAUCUGACAGAAGAAGACAACAGACCCGUGGAGGAUAUGGAAGUAACAGAUAUAGUUGUGAAAGAAGUCAGAGCAACUUUGAAAAACCGAUCUACUGAGGUUGUAGGAAUGUUAACUGAGAUGAUUUCAGAAGAUACCAAAGUGACUUCCAAGUACCAGUCUCACAGGGGUUUAUUUAUAGUUAUAGAUACCAAUGUUUUAAUUGGAAACUUAAGCUAUAUUCAAGACCUGAGAGAUAGAAAUAUUCCUGCUCAUGGUAGACCAAUUUUAGUAUUUCCAUGGGUUGUAAUGCAGGAAUUGGACUAUUUGAAAACAGGAAAAACAACAAGUGCUUCACUUUCUUUGUCAACAGCCAAGAAAGCAAGAGAUGCUGUUCAGUAUUUAUAUCAAUGUUUCCAAGCCAGUCACCCACGUGUUGUGGGUCAAACACCUGCACAGGCAAACAUGACUUGUGAUGUUAUUAAACCAGAAUGUAAUGACGACCGCAUCAUAAAAUGCUGUGUUCAAUUUCAAAAUGACCAUCCAGAUUGUAUGGUCAUACUACUUACAAAUGAUAGGAACUUGUGCAAUAAAUCUGUAAUAACGGGCAUUAAAGCAUUUCCUCAACAGACACUUUUAUCAGUAUUGCCAACAUUAGAAGUAGUUGUGAACCCUCAGAGACCAACAGAAGACAUACAGAAAAGUAAACCUGACAGCAAUGUACAGCAAAAAGAAACACAGAUUGUGAUGCAGACUAGUAGUAAUGUAGAAAGUGAGGCACAAUAUUUGGAUGAUGUAUAUUGUAAAGUGAAGUCCUUGAUACAAGAAGCUUUAUCUAUAAUCCUAGAAAGAGAAAUGAAGAAACUGUUUGAUGACAUCUGGUUAAAUAUUGUUUACAGAAAACCACCUUGGUCAUAUAGAGACGUAUUAGAAUGUUUCAAAAAACAUUGGAUAGCUGUAUUUGGACAGAUUUACAACAGAACAUUAAUCAGAUGUGUGGAAAACCUUCUAGGUCUGAUUGUCAAAGGUGCUACGAUAAAAUGGUCAAUAGUUGAAGAGAUGAUUGGUGACGCCAUUCAAUUGUUAGACCAAGAUCUGAAACAUGUGAGUUGCAACAGCAGUAUUUCCAAGAUAAAGUCAGAUUUACUAGAUCUAAAAAGUUGUUGUCAUGGACCAAAGAAAACCAAUAUUAAUCAGAAUUGUCAGCAAGUAGAAAGGCAUAAGAAAUCUACCUCACCAUUCAAACCUCUAAAUCAGCAAACAUCAAAGAAGAGACAAGCUAUUCAAUCAUCACAGGCUAAUGACAGAAAUAAACAAUCACACAGUGGUCAAGCAAGUCAACUAUCUCAGUCUAGUCAAGGAAGUAAACAAGCACAUAGUGGUCAAGGAAAUAAACAAUCAAACAGUGGUCAUGGAAAUAAAGAAUCACACAGUGGUCAAGGAAAUAAACAGCGGAAGAGGAGGAAAUCAGGAAACACAAAAUCCCCAACACAACAGCAUCCAUUUUCUAAAUCAGAAAUUAAACUUCAACAGAUCUGGCAUACCAUACAUAAAACUUGUAACGAGUUGAAAGAGAUAGCAGUUAGUACUGAUAGUCCACAGAGACGUGUGUAUGAUAUGUGUGACAAACUUGUUCCAGCUGUUAAAGACUUAGAGUAUUAUUAUAGCAAAGCUCUAAUGAUUCCUCCAGGAGACAUUCGUUCACACAUUGAAAAUAUCAUAGAACUAUGUGAUCACUUGAACAGUUUUCAUGACAGUAUUGAAAUAGAGGACACAGAAGGACCUAUUGAAACAUUUGACCUACUUGAUCUUUUUGCUGCAGACGACAAAAGACCAGUUUUGGAAAAUGGGCAUAAACAAUUGAAAGAUUUCAUGCAAGAGAUAGCCUCGUGUAUUGAACAGCUGCCAGACUAAAUUGAUUUGUGCUAAAUGGUGGCAAUAUCAAUGAUUGUAGAGGAAGCUUAGAAUAAAAAGAAGUUCAUGGUGUAUGGAUUUAUUUCAUCUGGUUAAUGCUCAUAGUUAUUACUGUAUCAUACAUACAGAUGUAUUCAAAAUAAUGUGUAUAUAUAUGGUGAAAGUUUCUAGAGCAAAAGUAUGAAAUGGAUUGAAUUUGAAUAUUAUUUUGAUUAAAAGGACUGGCUUUAAAUUAAAAGUGUGAAGGUAGGUGGUGGAAAGAUAAUACCAAAAUGAUAGGGUGGUAGUGGAAAGGUAUU